AACUACGGCGGUCUCUACGGCGCCAACAACUACGGCUACGGCGCCAACUUUGGCCGCACAGCCGGUUUGGGAGCCCUGCGAACCACCGGCGGUAUCGUCGGCGGCGGCGCUCUCGGCUACGGCACUGGCGCUCUCAUCGGCGGUGUCGCACCCGCUGUCAGCCACAUCGCCACCGCUGCCUACCCGGCUGUCGGCGUCGCUCACGGUUACAGCCAGGGCUAUACCCAGGGCCACAACUUGUUGGCCAACUUGAACAUCGCUCGUGGUGUGUCUGUGGGUCAGGCCGGUCCCAUCAACGCCGCCGUGCAGACCAUUUCGCGCACCGUUGACUACAGACCGGUGCCCUAUAGUGGAGAGCCCGCCCACGUUCAGGACAUCGACGUCCCGCCCCAGGAGUCGCCCCUCAGAAUCAACUUCCAGUCCAAGAGCAGCCCUCUGGCCGUCACUCAACAGCACAUCCCCGCCGAGCCCGGACAAGUCCAGGUGACCCAAUCUGAGGACGAGCCCCAGACCGCCAUCCAUAACGUGAACCGACCGGUGAUCCAACAGGUGAACGAAGUGAUCCAACCCUACAGAUCGCUCACCCAAGUGGUGGAGCCCGUGAUCGAGCAAACCCACACCAACAUCGCCCAGGGUGAGGGCGUCAGAUUGACCGGUUUGACCAGCGGUAUCGUCGGCGGUACCGGUGUAUUGGCCGCCAGCGGUGUCGGCGUCGCCGGCCAUGCCGUGGCUGUGCCCGCCGUUCAUCAUCAGGCCGUCGGACAGGUUGUGGCCAAACCGGUCGGUUUGGGUCUCGCCCACGGAUACGGUGUCAGACACGCCGGUCUCUACAGCCAGGGUCUGUACGGUAACCAAGGUUUGUACGGUCAGCGCGCCGUCUACGGCAACGCCGGUCUGUACGGCAACACCGGUCUCUACGGUCAACGCGCCGUCUAUGGCGGUGUUUACGGUACCGGAGCCCACGCCGGUCUCGGCGGUUACCGAACCCUCGGCCACGGAUAUGGCAGUGGUCUCGGUCUGAGCGGACUCAGCGGUCUGUCCACCUAUGGUAACACCGCCCGAACCAUCCGAUACUAG